CUUUCAUUGAAGCGCAACAAACAUGCUGUCCUUGACAGUUGCUGUAGCGAUUCUGGUUGGAGCGGUACUCGCGUGGCUCGGCGUGCAGCACCGCACCAGGACGAUCGCCAGCAGACCGCGUCCUCCAGUUACUCUGGCAGUGCUGCCACGCAGCGUUGAUGCUGCUGGUGGGCCGGUAGACGCGCGCGAGAAGGCCUUCCUCGACGGAUUCGCCAGCGCAGGCGCCGAGAUUGUUCAAGUCACACCACUCCUCUCCACGACGUCAAAGUCGUCGACAGCCUCGCGAUCGACCAGCACCAGCACCAGCACCACUGGCACCGCUGCCACGACGCAGUGCAAGCGCAUCCUCAUCACCGGCGGACGCGGAUUUGUUGCUGCCUAUGUCAUCCGACGCUACCUGAAGCAGCAGCAGCAAUCAUCAUCCGAGAAUGGGUUGCUGCAUGUGCACGUCCUGGACCUCCAGCUGCCCGACCCGACCUCGACGGCAACCGAUGCCAUCGGACAGGCCGUCUAUCAGCCGAGCAUUACGUACAUUCGCGCGGACAUCACCAACAAGGAGCAGAUGAAGAUUGCCACGCGCGGGAUGGACGUUGUCCUGCAUAUGGCCUCGCUGCUGCCAUCGGUCGGCGUCUCCCGGGACACGUUCGAACGCGUCAAUGUGCGGGGAGUCGAGACAGUCCUCGCUGCGUGCCGCGAAAAUGGCGUCAAGGCUCUCGUGUACACGAGCUCGGCCACGGUGUUGCUCGAUCUGCACAACAAGUCGAUCGAGAACGCCGACGAAGACCAUCCGUACCCGCGCCAGCAUAUUGACGACUAUACCGCCACGAAAGCUGCCGCCGAGCGCAUUGUGCUCAAGGCCAACACUCCGUCGUUUGCCACCUGCAUUCUCCGUCCGAGCGCCGUGUUUGGCUUGGGUGACAAGGUCUUGCUCGACAUGCUCGUUCGCGGCCAAACCCCUGUCUACCUUGGCAAGGGCAACGAACUCCUGGACUAUGUGCAUGGUGAUUCGGUUGCGCAAGGUCAUGUUCUUGCUUCCGAGCGACUCGCGCCCGGAUCGAAGGCGGCUGGCCAGAUCUACCACAUUUGCACUGGAAAGCCAGUCAUGUACCGCAAGUUCAACGGCGAUGGCACGGGCGACAAGACGCUUUCCCACUGGGGCUACAAGCAUCCUUCGUCGUUGCCGCUGCCCAUCGCCACCACCAUGGCUCGUCUGAACGAAUUUGUUCACUCUGUGACUGGCAGUGCUCCGUUCGGGCUGGCUCUUUCGCUUACUGCCAUCGACUACACGCAGCGCACCUACUGGUUUUCGGUCGAGAAAGCCCGCCGCGACCUCGGGUACGAUCCGCUCGAUUCUCUUGAGGCGCUUGUAUCCGACGUCAAGACGUUCCAGAAGACGAUGCUCGCUGCGUGAUCCAGGCGGUGUGUUGUGUUCCUUCUUUUGCUCUUCCUUUGUUCUGUUUCGUUCUGUUUCGUUUGCAGUUGUUUUUUUUUUUUCCGUUUCCUCCUGACGUUGCAUUUCAUUUUGUUCCAUUUUGUGUUCCAUUUUGUGUUCCAUUUUCAUUUUGUGACCACGCAUUCUGACUCUCUGACUGUGCGUUUUGGACCAAUCGUUGCACACCACGUCGUUUCCAAUUUUGUAGUCCACUCAUUCCUCC